GAAGAUCAUUCGAAUUCGAGCCGACGAAGGCGGCACGUCGCGCGAGAACUCGUUCCGUCCUUCGGUUCGUGUUUCGCGCUUCGCGUUUCCGUAUGUGUCUCGAAACUACUACGCAAAGAAAGAGUCCGAAAGAGUGAAGACAGCCGCGUUACCGCGGCGGUGUGUUUUUUUUUCGUGCCAACGCGUCCCCCGUCAAAAGUUACAACACGCGCGACACACAAUGUACUCCGACGGUCACGAAGUGGACGGCAGCUGGGUGCUGCGCGUCUACGUGACAGAUCUGCAGGUCGAAAGGAGUUUACGUGUGAAGGGAGAACUGCACAUCGGCGGUGUCAUGCUACGCCUCGUGGAGGAUCUCGAUAUCGCCAUGGACUGGUCGGAUCACGCGCUUUGGUGGCCCGAGCGAAAUCACUGGUUGACCAGGACGCGCAGCACCCUGGACCAGUACGGCGUCGCGGCGGACGCGCUUCUACAUUUCACACCGAUGCACAAGACCCUGAGGGUACAACUGCCGGACAUGCGCUGCCUCGACUGCCGUGUAGAUUUUUCCGUCAAGACGUUCAACGCGAUCAUCAAUUUGUGCAAAGAACUCGGUAUCAGACAUCCGGAAGAGCUCUCGUUCUGCAAACCUCUCGAACCGAAUCAUCUGAAGUACAAUUUGAAGGAUCUACCGUCCAAGAAGAAGAUCGAGAAUCAAAAGAACGGCCACUUGAAUGUGCCAGCCGACACGAAUACCUUCAUCCCGGCCAGUCAGAGUCCCAGAGGAUCAACGGGGAGCUUAGAUCAAUCGAAUCCAUUCAUGUGCGCCCCGGUCACGCCCAAUACUAGAAAUCACAGCACGCCGAUCAGCUCUCCCGUCACUCAUACCAGCACGUGGAAGAGAAACAACAACUCUCCUGGCUUCGGUAGCACCGGCUCGUUCAACGCCAACAACAGCACCAUGAGUCUCGAGGCGUUAAACGGCGGACUGUCGGACUCGUUGGCGCAAAGUCCGAUGUCGAUCUCGCCGGAACUGCGAACAAAGCUGAUCAGGCCGAAGAGUCUGAUCGAACGGGCGAGGAUGAACGUCGCUUGGUUGGAUUCCUCGUUGUCGAUCAUGGAACAGGGCAUUCGCGAGUUCGACACGCUCAGGCUAAAGUUCAAAUUCUAUUCCUUCUACGAUCUGAAUCCGAAGACCGACGCGGUCCGAAUAAACAUGAUCUACGAACAGGCCAAGUGGCAACUGCUCGCGGAGGAGAUCGACUGCACCGAGGAAGAGAUGCUGAUGUUCGCGGCGCUUCAGGUACAAGUGAAUCUUCAGGCGAGCGUGCCGCAGCCCACGUACGACAGCAACGGUGCGACCUCGCCCGUCGAGGACGACAUCGACGCGGCCUUGACGGAUCUGCAGGUGACUCUGGAAGGUGCCAACGUCAGCAACGGUCCUAGCGACAUCACGCAAGUGCCCGAGCUUUGCGACGAAUUGCGUUUCUUCAAGCCGAAGCGUUUCACGCUGAAGGCGUUCAAACGUUAUUGGUUCACGUGCCGUGAUCUUCAACUCAGGCUGUAUAAGAGCAGAGAGGAGGCGGGCGGUUCGGAGUCGCCGGUUUACGUAAUUAAUUUGCGUGGUUGCGAGGUCACACCGGACGUGCACUUGUCGCAAGGUCGCUAUGGAAUUAGAUUAGAAGUACCCAGCGCCGAAGGCAUGACCGAGAUGUGGAUCAGAUGCGACAACGAGCAACAAUACGCAAAGUGGAUGGCCGCGUGCAGAUUAGCGGCUAAAGGUCGUACUCUCGCCGACGCGUCUUACGAAAGCGAAGUAAACAGUAUCAUAGCUUUUCUGCAGCUGCAGAGGCCCGCGCCCGCACCGGCUAUCAAUCCGAACGCUUUAGACAUCAUACCGGAAGACUACGUCGCGCCUAGAUUUGCGAAGAAGUUCAAAGGAAAAUUGGUUCAGAGGAUUUUGGAGGCGCACGCAAACGUCAAAGACCUGUCUCUCAUCGAAGCGAAGCUGAAUUACAUCAAGGCCUGGCAAUCCCUACCUGAAUACGGCAUUUCGCUUUUUAUCGUGCGAUUCACCGGUAAAAACAAGGACGAGCUGCUAGGCAUCGCCAACAACAGACUGAUGCGAAUGGAACUUCACAGUGGCGAUCACCUGAAGACUUGGAGGUACAAUACUAUGAAGGCGUGGAAUGUUAACUGGGAGGUGAAGCACAUGAUGGUGCAAUUCGAAGAAGAGAAUAUAAUUUUCGAGUGUCAAUCGGCCGACUGCAAGGUCGUUCAUGAAUUUAUAGGGGGUUACAUUUUCUUGUCGAUGCGUUCGAAAGAGGCGAAUCAAACGCUGAACGAAGAAAUGUUUCACAAAUUGACCGGUGGAUGGGUCUAACCCAAUGAAUAGUGUAUGAAACCGCGAAAUGGGUUUUGUAUCGUUCUCCGAAAAAGUACUACGAUAUAUGUAUAUGUAAUGUGUUCUGCCAGUUUUUUUUUUUUUUAUACGCGUUCGAUGUGUGUGGACUUACUGCAUGCUGGCUCUGGCGCUUGUAAAAAUAUUUAAAUCUGGUCGUAGUGUCGUCUCAUUUGUUUUUUAACGCUACUAUAUACGCUGUAAAUAGAACAAUGCGUCCCUUUCACAGGUGAGCGGAACAGUUUUAGCGAUAUUUUAUCUUUAUUCAACAGAAAACCACUUCGAAGAUAUAUUUAUGAUCGUGCAAUCGAAUUAUCUUAUUUAUAGAAAAAUCCAUAUAACACAGAGGUCCAGUGGAUAUCCAGCAAAUAUUCCAUACAUUUCGAAUAGAUAUCUAGGAAUAAUUUUGAGAUACACGGACGUGCUAUAUGGAUGUAAGUUUCGGUAACCGUCUCGAAGUCUACUUUUCCGUAAGGAAAAAAAGAUCAAGCUUUCUAUAUACUUACAAUUGUUUUAUAGACACGUGUAAAGUGUAUUUUACGAUGAUAAAUUGUAGAUAAACGUCUCUAAUUCUCUAUUCUAAAUUUUAUAUAACAAAGGGGUUUUUUUACCCUUCAUUUCUUCUGUUCUUAUUUCUCAAUGACGCGUAUAAAAUCAUCUAGGAUAGAAAAAUAAAUCGCGCGAAUUUUCUAACGUGAUUGUGUUGUCGCUGUUACAUGUUACAAGAAUGCGAAUUCGAUCGGAAGAGUAACACAAUUAUAAAUAGAGUAAUUUAAUUAAGAAUAGAGGAUAGUUUAGAAUAGAGACACACACAUCCACACACACACACACACACACAAAA